AUGGAAGGCGGUCAGUGCCGCUGGCCACGUGGCAAAGUACUCGGGGGCAGCAGUGGCAUAAAUUACAUGCUUUACGUCCGUGGUGCCAAAAAAGACUACGACAUCUGGGAACAGCAAGGCAAUCCAGGAUGGUCGUAUCAGGAUGUGCUGCCUUAUUUCCUAAAAUCUGAAGACAAUCGAAAUCACAGCUACGCCAAAACACCGUAUCAUUCAACCGGCGGGUACUUAACCGUCGAAGAACCACGAUGGCACACUCCUCUGGCCGCUGCGUUCAUUCAAGCCGGCAAAGAAAUGGGUUACGAGAAUCGAGAUAUUAACGGAGAACGGCAUACUGGCUUUAUGAUUCCUCAAGGCACCAUCAAAGAUGGUAGCCGGUGCUCCACGGCGAAAGCCUUCUUGCGGCCAGCCAGGAUACGCAAAAAUUUACACGUCGCUAUGAAAGCACAUGUUACCAAAAUUUUAAUAGAUCCGUCAACGAAAAGAGCUUACGGCGUAGAGUUCGUUAGAGACGGGGAAACGUUGCGCGUACAUGCCAACAAAGAAGUGAUCGUUUCCGGAGGAGCUGUCAAUAGCCCCCAGCUGUUGAUGUUGUCAGGAAUAGGACCUAAAGAACACUUAUCGGAACACGGUAUACCAGUGAUUCAGGACUUAGGAGUGGGCCACAAUCUUCAAGACCAUAUAAGUGCGGGGGGCAUUAUAUUCUUAGUGAAUGAAGAAGUUUCAAUCGUACAGAGCAGACUGAUUAAUAUUAGCUAUGCCCUAGAGUACGCUAUAUCCGGAGACGGUCCUUUGACAACCUUAGGAUUUAAUGAAGUACUAGGUUUUAUUAAUACUAAAUAUGCGAAUGCCUCCGACGAUUUUCCAGACAUACAAAUGCAUAUUUGGUCAACGGGGGACUACUCCGAGAGCACUAGAAAGAUUUUUGGAUUGACGAGAGAAUUCUAUGAUGUCGUAUAUAGAGAUGUUCACAAUAAGGACGGGUGGAGUGUGUAUCCUACCCUUUUAAGACCUAAAAGUAGAGGAAUUAUCAAGCUUCGGAGCAACAAUCCUUUCGAUCACCCAUUGAUUUAUCCAAAUUAUUUCAAGGAGCCAGAAGACAUGGCCACAUUGAUCGAAGGAGUUAAAUUUGUACUCGAGAUGAGUAAAACUGUUUCGCUUAGACGUUACGGAAGCAAACUGAAUCCGAAUCCAUUUCCUGACUGCAAGCAUAUCCCAUUGUAUAGCGACCCGUACUGGGAGUGCAUGAUCAGAUCUUUCCCUUUAACUAUAUCACACCCCGUGGGUACUUGUAAGAUGGGGCCAAAGUCGGACCCAAAAGCGGUGGUUCAUCCUUGGCUUCGAGUUUAUGGAAUUACUGGACUUCGAGUUAUAGACAGUUCGAUUAUGCCAAAUUUGAUCAGUGGCAAUACCAAUGCGCCGACUAUCAUGAUCGCAGAGAAGGGUUCCGAUAUGGUCAAAGAGGAUUGGUUGAAGAAAUAGGGUUUGGAUUGAUUGUUACUUUUGUAAAUUUAUUUUAA